UGAGAGAGAGAGUGUUUGACUUGGAAGAAAACAGGAAAACCAAAGGCAAAAGCCAAAGGCCAAAUAAAAUCAUCUCUCUACUUUGUCUUGUUACUCCAAAUUCCUUUCAAUUCUUUUAUUUUUCAAAGGACCCAUCAAAAUCCCACAAAAAUUUCCAAUACUUCCAAUUCAUCAGAUUCUUUCCAAAAUCACCCUCUCCCCAUCACUCAGAUUCAAUCAAAUGAUUGGUUUAGAUUAUUAGUGAUUAGUUUCUUGUUUUGCAGUGACUAGUGAGUAGAUGUUGAUUUUUAGGAAAACUAUUACAUGGGCUAUGAUGAGAUUUAGAUUUUAAGACAUGGGUUGUGUUCUUGGUAGAGAGGUUAGUUCUGGCAUAGUUUCAGAGUCUAAAGAGGUUAAGCAGCUGAGUGUUGAAUCUGAUAGGAAAGUAGAGAGUGUUUCGGUGCGAAAAACUGAUGCUAGUAGUGUUGUUGAGAUUGAAAAUGAGGAGGCUCAGAAGGAAGAUAAAGGUGAGGGAGAUAGUAAAAAGCCGAGGGGGGAGAGGAGGAGGUCGAAGCCGAAUCCUAGGUUGAGUAAUCCGCCAAAGCAUUUGCACGGUGAGCAAGUUGCAGCCGGAUGGCCGCCUUGGCUAUCGGCUGUGUGCGGGGAGGCGCUCAAUGGAUGGAUUCCACGGCGUGCUGACACAUUUGAGAAGAUUGAUAAGAUUGGAUCGGGAACAUAUAGCAAUGUGUAUAAAGCUAGAGAUUCAUUAUCAGGUAAAGUUGUUGCACUGAAGAAGGUUCGAUUUGAUAAUCUGGAACCUGAAAGCGUAAAAUUUAUGGCAAGAGAAAUCCUCAUUUUGAGGAGAUUGGACCAUGUGAAUGUUGUAAAGUUAGAAGGUUUAGUUACAUCCAGGAUGUCAUGUAGUUUGUACCUGGUGUUUGAGUACAUGGAGCACGAUUUAGCUGGACUUGCUGCAAGCCCCGGAGUAAAGUUCACAGAGUCACAGGUUAAAUGUUACAUGCAUCAACUAUUAUCCGGUCUUGAGCACUGUCACAACCGCGGUGUUCUACAUCGUGACAUCAAAGGAUCAAAUCUUCUAAUUGACAAUGAAGGAAUACUCAGGAUUGCUGAUUUUGGAUUGGCGUCUUUCUUUGAUCCCAAUCACAAGCAUCCAAUGACUAGUCGGGUGGUUACUCUAUGGUAUCGACCUCCUGAGCUUCUUCUCGGAGCUACAGAUUAUGAUGUGGGUGUGGACCUCUGGAGUGCAGGUUGUAUCCUGGCCGAGCUAUUGGCUGGAAAGCCUAUUAUGCCAGGCCGUACUGAGGUAGAGCAACUGCAUAAGAUUUACAAGCUAUGUGGGUCACCUUCAGAUGAUUACUGGAAGAAAUCAAAGUUACCACAUGCAACAUUAUUUAGGCCCCGAGAGCCUUACAAAAGAUGCAUAAGGGAAACGUUUAAAGAUUUUCCAUCAUCAUCACUUCCUCUCAUAGAAACUCUUCUUUCAAUUGAUCCAGCUGAACGUCAGACGGCCACAACUGCCCUAAGAAGUGAAUUCUUCACAACAGAGCCUUAUGCUUGUGAGCCUUCUACUCUCCCAAAAUAUCCUCCAAGUAAGGAAAUGGAUGCUAAACGAAGAGAUGAUGAAGCUCGAAGACAAAGAGCUGCUUCUAAAGCCCAGGGUGAGAAUACAAAGAAACCAAGGACACGUGAUCGUGCACCUCGGCCAAUGCCUGCUCCAGAGGCCAAUGCAGAGCUCCAAUCUAAUAUUGAUAGAAGACGGCUUAUUAACUAUGCAAACGCAAAGAGCAAGAGCGAAAAGUUUCCUCCGCCUCACCAGGACGGGGCACUAGGCUAUCCUUUAGGAGUGUCUCAGCACAUUGAUCCGGCAUAUGUUCCUUCUGAUGUUCCGUAUAGCUCCACCUCAUUCACCCAUUCAAAAGAACCUAUUCAAACAUGGUCGGGUCCAUUGGGUGAUCCUGCUAGUGCUGGCGGCCCGAGACGAAAGAAAAAUGCAGCAAAAUCAUUAAUGGCAAACCAUAGAGAUAGAACCAACGAUACUCGAUUAAAGGGGAAGCAAACUGUGGCUUGAACUUUGAGUGUAUAUGCUCAUAUAUUGAGAAUCUUCAUUUGUGAAAACUGGCAAUUGCCUAUACAGCAAAAGCUUAUGCUGCCAUUUGAUGCCUGCAAAUUUGCUUGGCUUGGUUCACACGUCAAAAGAGAGAAUUUUAUUUGGUUACAGAAAAAAAAAGAUGUACUUUUUUGGGGGGUGAAAUCAAAUUUUAUAUACUUUUGUUUUCCAUUUUCAUGACAGGAAAAAUCAUUUCUUUCUAUUGGGAUGCUGAUAAAAAAUUCUAUCGAUAUGUAUAAUAUUAUCAUUAAUAUUACUAUUUUUUUGUGUUAA